AUGUUUGGACGAGAACGCCGCUCCUCCGACAACCACCUCGCCAUGGACGACAACGAUGAACUUGAGUCGUUCCGCCGACAGUGGCGCGAGGAGGUAACUCGUCGGUCAAAACCAACGGCAGGCCCUCCUGCUCCUGCUCCUCCGACUGUGACUGCGACUGCCCCGCCACCGGCCCGUCUUCCGCCCACACGCCAUGAGGCCUCUCACCGUAAAGCGAUCGAGGAGGAGGGUCCCCCAUUGGCUUCCUUCGAUCCUGAUGAGCUCGCCCAACAAGUCGGGCAGCUGAGCGUGAGACCAUCCGAAGAUGACUUCUCACGUCGAGAGGUAGCAGAACCAACGUCUGCAUUGGAGCACUUUGAACGAGCGGUCGAGAAGGAGGCCGAAGGCAACCUGGGUGACAGUCUUUCACACUACCGAAAGGCAUAUAGGCUAGAUUCGUCUGUCGAUAAGUCCUACCGGAAUAAGCACUAUGCCCAUGUAUGGAAAAAGCCAAAUCAGCCCGCGCUCGCUACGCCUGCCACUGUGACCCAGCAGCCCGAAGAGAGCCAGACUCUGCCGACACCUGAACUCAUCGCGUCGUUUGCACACGUGCCAAUAUCACCGCAAGAGCCCAUAGUCGAAAACACACCACCGCCCCCGUGCCCAAUUGCCACUGUGCCAUCGGAAGUGCUAGUUGAGAUUCUGCGACAUGUGGCAAUGGAUGACCCAUCUGCCUUCGGUCGGACGGCAUUGGUCUGUAAGCGGAUGGCCUACCAUUUCGCCCAUGAGCAGCACAUAUGGAGACGAAUCUGUCAAAGCCGGGAAUUUGGCUUCCAGGGAAUGCACUACGACUUUGCAUGCGACCUGCAUGGGGAACCGAUCUACACCCUAGCACCGCGAUACACUCCAUUUCCCAAGGGCGAGCCUGUAGAAAUCCCGCCGCCGCUGUCUUCGUGGAGCCAAGUGUUCCAGACCCUUCCUCGGAUUCGUUUCACGGGCAUCUACAUUAGCACAGUCAACUACACUCGAGCUGGUGCUGCAUCUGCGUACUCGAAUUUGUCGUGGAACAGUCCCAUCCAUAUCGUGACUUACUACCGCUAUUUGCGGUUCUACCCCGAUGGCUCGGUAAUCUCGCUGCUCACCUCAACGGAGCCAGUCGAUGUGGUUCCUCACAUCAGCAAGGAAAAUGUGAUGGCGGCACGCACCCCAGCACACCGGAAGCAUCAACGGCAUGCCUCUGAUGCGGGUCACACCCUCUCUGGAGCAACUGAUUCCGUGCCACCUGUCGCCAUGAAUACAUUGAAGCACGGCCUUCGGGGCCGAUGGCAUUUGGCUUCACCCGUUGACACAUCUGAAACUUCCGAACCCCCCGCCGAAAUCUGGAAGCCCGGCUCAGCGUCGGACCAGAAAUCGCUGCUUUCCGACGAGCGGGAUCUCCUCAUUGAAACAGAGGGUGUAGAUCCCAAGUAUGUUUACACGAUGCAUUUAUCUCUACGCUCCUCGACCGUACCGAAAUCCGCUCAAGUUGGGCCGGCUCCUCCCAACCCAUCCAAAAACACUAAGCUAGCAUGGAAGGGUUUCUGGAGUUACAACAGACUGACGGACGACUGGGGCGAGUUCGGCCUUCGCAAUGACCGAGCAUACGUGUUCCGACGCGUACGCGGCUGGGGGCUGGAUUGA